AUGAAAAGAAAGCAAAACAAGAGAAAGGUGUUUUCCGAUUCGGAUAACGAUACCGCAGUGACCGAAACUGAAGCUCCUGUACGUGUACGGAAAAGGCAUCUUGGGAGAAGAGAAAGGGAACAUGCACGUCUUUCCUCUAAUGAUAAUAACUUUUCGGAACAACGGAACUUUUCAAAGAGAACAACAUCAACUUCUUUCUCUACUGCAUCCAAACCUUUCUCAAUGAAUCCUACUAUUGAUAUUCUAUCGCAAGCGCCAUCCAUGUUUUUAGAGCGCAACCAAUUUCCUUCCUUAUGGAUUACUCUUCCCCAAAAAACAAUUCCGCUCCUGGAGUUUGUUCUGGAAAAAAAGCUAAUCAGUGUUCUCCCUGGACCGUUGAAAGUGUUCCUUGCCGAUUGGCUCAUGGCGGUUAAACGACAAAUGAAAGGCAUGUUGCAAAACGAUGUUUUAAGAAAAAAAAUCAAGUCGGUGAUGGCUAAAGACGAAAAUAUUCUAGAACAUAUCGAUGUUAGGCUUCGCAAUUUUUUGAGAGAAAUGUUGGUAACCGUGCUGCAAACCGAAGAAUUCGCUAUUUUUGAAAAUGGACCGUGGCUCCCUUUCGCUCAAAAUAUAACUAGAAAUGUCCCGUUGACAACAAAGCUGGAUGAGACUCAGUUAAAGAUCCUUUCCACCCAAUUGAAUAAAAAUGUUCGAGAUGUAAUUUCUUCAUUCUUCACCGGGCCAAGGGAAUCAAAAUCGGACAUCCGGAAAAUUUACCAUCAAAUACUACUUUUUGUCGUUAAGUUCACUUUGAACACUUUACGGCAUGUUCUCAAAUUUGAUCCACAAACCUUACGCUUUUUCUAUGAUGGUGAGAUUGAAGAUGAAGCAACUACCAAAAGUAACUACCAAACUACCUACCAAAAUUCUCACGAGAAGAAUGUGGUCGAAGAACGUGUCGUAAAUCCCCUAAAAUUUUUACUCCCUACACCUGCCGUUGUGCCGAAAAUAGACCGGUUGCCAAGGGAUUUCGAUCCAACAGUGCCACCUCCACAAGUAACACAUUCGUCGAAUAAUGGCAUUAAAAAGUCUUUCAUCAAAGAGUUCAAUCCAGUAGUGACUUCAAAUAGCUCAUUACCCGCCUCUAAUAGCUCUGCACUCAACAAUAAUUUAUUGGAGGAAGUCACAGAAGAAGAACUUUUAUCUGCCCGAAAUUUGCGACCGUCAUCUGUUGCCAGUGCAACAGCGUUCUCAAGCCUAUCGGCAAUUGACAGAGAAAAGGUUCCAGAAAAGUGGAUUAACGCAUACAAGAUGACAUUAGAAAUCAAUCGAAAUCUCAAGGCGGAGCUAGGGAGAUUAGAUGCGAGACACAAGGAGCUGAAGGAGGAAGCAAAUGGCAGCAAAGACGCUCGGAAGCUUAUGGUAACCAUAUUCGGAGAAAGUCUUAUCCGAAACAUUUCGAAGAACGAUAUCAAAAUAUACGAGUCGCUGGUACAAACCGUCCAAUACUUGGCCUGGAAAAUCAGAAAGGCAGAUAUCAUUAAGUUUCGAAGGACCAGCGAGAAUCACGGUUGGUCCAGUGUACGUCACAUUCUUGUCAAAAUUCUGGCAAAUGACAAAGCUGACCAUGAAAAAGUUGUAGCUGGAAUGUGUGCAACAAUUCUUCACGACAUCUAUCGCUGCCAUAUUUCCAAUUUGAGCUUUCGUGAGGAUUCUUCUCUUCUACCGAAAAGCCGUUUCAAUGACGUCUUCCGAGUGGCAUUCCCUGUUUUCAAUGAUGCAAUUGUAGAGUAUAUUCAAAAAGGAAAAAAGGAGGUUAUAUAUGAAACUCUCGCAUCUCGCCUGGAAACUGAACCGGAUUCUUCUCCGUGGUCAUCGGAAGCUAACCGCUCAAGUAAUGUCUUCAGCAACAACAACUACAGUACACACUCUCAAAACAGUUCUCAAAAGUGUACCGACAUCUGUCAUAUUAACUUUAUGAGACAAUUCGCAAAGCCUAUCCGAAGAAAUUUGUAA